AGCUGACAACACUUGUCAGAUGAGAGAACUGUCAGAAAUUUCUCUAAACUUGUGCAUUCUGUCAAAAUAAAAGUUUUCAAUUGUAAGCAUUGAAGUGAGAAAAAAAACAAAUAAAUCGAGUAGAAUUGUUUAUUAAUCAAUAGUGGAUGUUUCAUUGCAUAAAUAAAACGGUGUUUAAGCCUCGUAGGUUAUAAAACAUUGGGGGAUAAUUGUUCUGUUUAACUUGUUUCUUCUUUUGGAAUUUCACGCAUCGUUUUUUGACGCAGGAAAAUUAAAUUUUUCCAGGAAGCUGUUAAAGAACAGCAAUGGCGUUAAAUACAGACAUGUCCACUGCUCUCCAUUUGCUGGAGCAUGUGGAGGAGCGUCUGGAGGAUUGCGACGAUCCAAAACUGCAAAUGCACACGAAUCAGGAUAUUCGUUCGUUGAUUGCACUUCUUCAGGAUCCCGUUUUUCGAAGUAUCAUCACCCUGCAGGAUUCCCUCACUGAAUUGAACACCCAACUUGGACAACAUCCGUCAAUUUUGCCCGGUGAUUUUGAUAUUCAUCUCGGUGGACAAUUGGAAUUUUCUGUACCCAAUACACCAUUACAACCAGUUGGUCAAAAUAUAUUUCAAGAACUUUAUCAGGAUGCAAAUGAGUUUGACGAUCAGCGUGUUCCUGUCGCUCCACUCGUACACAGUAGCAGUGAGGACACCAGUGCUCAGGUGACGAGUCCAAGUUUAAUAUCAGAUGUCGGUGGCAUGCCCCACAUUACAACUCCUUCGUACGCGAAGGAAUUCCGUAAAGUAAUUGAAUCUGCAGCGAAGGGUCGUCAAACUUUUACGGUUCAGCUGUUUAAAUCCGAAGGAAUGAGCCUAGGAUUUAGUGUUGUUGGUCUGCGAAGUAAAGAUAAGGGAGAACUUGGAAUAUUUCUACAGGAAAUUCAACCGAAUGGAAUUGCUGGAAUCGAUGGUCGUCUCGUGGAAGGAGAUCAAAUUUUAGCUAUAGAUGGACAACCCUUGGACUCGAAUAUUUCCCAUGAGCAGGCAAUUGCAAUUCUUCAAAAGGCUCGUGGAGUAGUUGAGCUAAUUGUCGCAAGAAGCGCCCAAGAUAUUGGGAGUCCAACGGUGCCGGAUGAGGCAUCCGGGGCCUCGAUUUCGACCGCAGCUGCUGCCGAGGGAACAGGAUCUGGCGUCUGCAGCGGAUUCACCGACAUCACCGCAUCGAAGGAUCAAUCAGCGCCGCCACUUCCUUCCGCAGUAUCAUCGAGUGCAUCAAAACCAAUUGUUCCCAUUGCAGCUACAAUUACUGUUGCACCAACAUCAAUAUCCACAACAACUGCCGCCUCUGGAGUUCCUGUUGUCGAAACAGCUCCGUCCGCCGUUAGCGAAAUCGCUAAGAGUGGCACUGACAUGGUGUUGAACACCGAGUGGGCACAAGUAGAAGUAAUAAAUCUCAUCAAUGAUGGCAGCGGUCUUGGGUUUGGAAUUAUCGGAGGGCGCAGCACUGGAGUUGUCGUCAAAACUAUCCUCCCCGGUGGUGUCGCCGAUCGAGACAAUAGAUUGCAGAGUGGAGAUCAUAUUCUGCAAAUUGGCGAUGUCAAUUUGCGGGGAAUGGGCAGCGAGCAAGUCGCCGCUGUUCUCAGACAAUCUGGAACUCACGUGAGACUUGUUGUUGCGCGACCAGUCGAACCUACUUCCCCCGAUUAUCAGGCCCUCGGCAGUCACGCUCCAAUUGUUCCAACGAAAAUUCUCGGCGAUCCGGAUGAACUCGAUCGGCAUUUGAUUCAUUCGACUCCCGAAACGUACAAUGUCCGUCACACGAAAACUGAUUCCAACUAUGACAAUGGAUACAUGUAUACCCAGGAUCCAGACAUUGAAAUGCAUACGAGACCGAGCCUUAUUAUGGACGUCGUGCGAAAUCCGACGCCCAUUGGAUCGGCGCCCUUCAUUCCAACGCUCACGGGUCCGAUUCAAAUUCAAGACCUUCCGGCACUCUCAAUGGAUCCAAUUGACGUCGACUCCUUGCCUGAAAUGGAACGCUUCACCGUCGAGUUGAAGAAAGAUAGUUACGGUCUCGGCAUCACGAUCGCUGGUUACGUUUGUGAAAAAGAGGAGCUCUCGGGUAUUUUUGUAAAAAGUAUAAGCGAAGGAAGUGCGGCCGAUUUGAGUGGGAAGAUACAGAUAAACGAUCGAAUUGUGGAAGUGAAUGGACACUCGUUGCAGGGCUACUCGAAUCAUGAGGCUGUUGAAGUUUUAAGAAGUACUGGAUACACUGUUGUUCUUUGUUUAGAAAGGUAUCUACGUGGUCCAAAAUACGAGCAAUUACAGCAAGCAAUUGCCGCCAGUGAACUUCGAUUACCACAACCGAGUUCUCCAUCGAUUACGAGUCUCGCUACUUUUCCAAUCACUGCACAAGAUGGAGAAUCCACGACUGAAAUCGAAGCAGAGGGCGAGUCACAUACAACAAUCGAUAGCGCGAUUCUUCACGAAAUGGAGAAAGAAGCUGAGAAACGCGAUUCAUCGCCGGAGGCAAAUGUGGAAGCACUUCUAAGCGAUCCAUCGCAGGAAUUAUCGCCUCAAAUUGAAGCUGCAAUUAAAUCCAAAUGGCAGAAAAUAGUCGGACCCGACGUGGAAAUAGUGGUGGCGCAAUUGAAGAAAUUUGCCGAAGGAAGCGGUUUGGGAAUAAGCUUGGAAGGAACAGUUGAUGUGGAAAACGGACAGGAAGUGAGGCCGCAUCAUUAUAUUCGCUCAAUAUUGCCUCAAGGUCCAGUUGGACAGAAUGAUACACUACGAUCUGGUGAUGAAUUACUGGAGGUCAAUGGUUAUCGACUUUUGGGAAUUAAUCACAUGGAGGUCGUGAGUGUUUUAAAGGAACUACCCGUUCAUGUGAGAAUGGUGUGCGGACGAAAUAUCAAAUCGCAAGAUCCACUUUGUCCAAUUGACACGGCCCAGCAUCAGGCUGCUUUUCAAACUAGGAGUAUUCUCGGAGGUUCUUUGCAAAAUUUACUACCAUCGAUGGAUCGACUCGUGAAGGCUAAAUCCGAUGGUUCAUUGGCAUCGGCCACGACGACGGCGACCGUCACCGAUGCCAGUUUCAAUAAAAUAAAGUCAAGAUCUUUGGAGCCGCUGACGGGCCUCGCAAUGUGGAGUUCCGAGCCCCAAAUAAUAGAGCUUGUUAAAGGAGAGAGAGGCCUUGGAUUUUCUAUUUUAGAUUAUCAGGAUCCAAUGAAUCCCAACGAAACUGUGAUAGUAAUAAGAUCCUUGGUACCGGGGGGAGUUGCUCAAGUCGACGGUCAAUUGAUACCUGGCGAUCGUCUACUAUUCGUCAACGAAAUCACUUUGGAGAAUGCGACCCUUGACCAAGCGGUGCAGGCCCUGAAGGGUGCACCGAAGGGCGUUGUGAGAAUCGGAGUGGCGAAACCGUUGCCAAUUCCCGAUAGUAUUGCACAAACAAGUGAGCAGGACGAGCGUUUGGAGAAGAAUGGCAGGAGUCCAAGAGCAAGUCGACAUCCGGCCGUUGACAGUCAAAAGCAGAGAUGCGAUUAUUUUCGCGAGAGAAAAGUAAAUGUCGCACAAUCGCCGCCUCGUCUUGAUUUGAUUGAGGGUCUGCAACUACAGCAUAGCCUCGUCAAAUCAGAGAGCUUCUAAAGACCAAAAAAUAAAAAAAGAAAAACCAAUAAAUAAUUUUUUUGGUUAUAACCCAACUUUCGGACCUCGAUCCUUCGUCGUGGACCAAAUCGAGAUUUUCUUCUCGAAACUUUCCUUUUUACACUUCUUCAUUCACUCACUCAUUUUAAACCUAGACACGUUUAUCUAUGAAUGGAUGUUUGGAGUAAUCGUGUUGGCGAUCUUCUUGAAACUCUCUGCUGUGCAAGGAGAAGAUGGAAGUGCGGGAGGAGGACGUGGUGGUGGAGAAAAAAAGAGGUGUGCAAUUUUAAUAUGCACGAGUUUCAUGGAUAAACUCAUUUUUAGCUACAAGUGUACUUUUAAAGAGAUUAAGGUACGAGUUUAGAGCAAUAAAGAGAUUUAGUUAAUGGUA